AUGCCACAAAGAAGAAAACGUCUACAAAUGUUCUCAUUCAAUUGGGCACUAAUCCUAUUGGUCGCCGUCUGCGGAACUAAUGCGUUUAAAAUAAAACGGACGUCUAAAGAUUUGGAGAGCCAGCUUUAUGAGGACUUGCUUUUCGAUUAUAAUAAGGUGCCACGGCCAGUGAAAAACAGCUCGGAUAUUCUUACUGUAGACGUCGGGGCUUCUCUAAUCAGGAUAAUCGAUGUAGAUGAGAAGAACCAAGUGCUCACCACAAAUCUCUGGCUGGAAAUGAAAUGGAACGAUGCUAAACUAACAUGGACGCCUGAGAAGUAUGGUGGUCUGAAAACAUUGCAUAUACCGAGUGAAUUUAUUUGGACGCCGGAUCUGGUGCUUUAUAAUAACGCAGCGGGAGAUCCCGACAUCACAAUAUUGACCGAUGCGUUGGUGACAUUUGAGGGAAACGUUUACUGGCAGCCACCAGCUAUUUACAAAUCUUUUUGCCCGAUUGAUGUGACAUGGUUUCCAUAUGACUCUCAAAAAUGUGAAAUGAAAUUCGGGACAUGGACGUAUACGGGUAGAUAUGUGGAUUUGAAACAGUUGCCUCAAGAAGAAGUAGUAACCAUCACUAAAGAUGGUAGUGAUGUGGAAUUUAUGCAACAAGGAAUGGAUUUGAGUUUCUUCUACCGAUCCGCUGAAUGGGACUUGCUGUCAUUAACUUCUGAGCGGCAUUCUGUUCUUUAUGCAUCAUGUUGUGGUCCUGAGAAGUAUGUAGACAUUACAUAUUAUUUUGGGUUGAGGCGGAAAACUCUAUUCUUUACCUGUAACUUAAUUCUACCUUGCUUCUUGAUCUCCAUUCUUACCACUUUUGUAUUUUACCUCUCGGACCAUAAGAUCACCUUUUCCAUUUCUAUAUUGGUUACCCUGACUGUGUUUUUCUUGGUCCUGAUUGACUUGAUGCCUCCAACAAGUUUAGUGAUACCAAUGUUUGGGAGAUAUCUGAUUACAACAAUGAUUCUGGUUGCGUUAUCAACAGUUGUGUCAGUUAUCACUGUAAAUUUCCGUUUCCGGUCUGGAAGCGCCCAUAAAAUGUCACCAUGGAUCAGAGCAGUGUUUCUGAAGUUUUUACCAAAAAUACUAUUGAUGAGCCGACCGGAGAAAGGAGAAGUGACCAAACAACCGCCUUUAGUAGAUGCGGCAAGUUUAGUUGGCUCCAACUAUGCAACAGCAGCGAAGGCGGCUAACGAGUACCGAAACAAGGCGAAAGGGAAGAACAACGAUAUGAUUAGUUUGAGGGGGAAACCGAGUUCCCAGGCAGUUUUAAAUAACACAUUUGAUAUGAGAAUGAGGAAUAAUGAUAGUAACGUGGAGAAUCGACUCAAACCAUAUUUAUGUGCUCAAAACAAUAAUGCACCAACUGUGGCGUUCCGGAAAACAAAACGACAAAAGAGCAAAACAGUGGAUGACGUGGUUUUUAUGAACCUUCUGAACCAAGUGAGGUUCAUCGCGGAACACUUCCGGCAUAAUGAGUUGGAGGGAGAGAUUUCGGAUGAUUGGACGUUUGUUGCGAUGGUGCUCGAUAGGCUGUUCCUGAUUAUUUUCUCUGUGCUGAAUGUGGGCACCGUCUUUAUUAUAUUGGAGUCACCGUCUUUGUACGACUACUCGAAACCGAUGAACAUCACAGUACCUAGCAAACCACUGGGACAAGCCAACUUUUAUAGUUCGUGGAAUUUAAAAUAA